GUUUAAGACCAUUUCGUUGUGCUUCUUAUACAUAAAUUCAUACAAACGCCAGCGCCACUGGAACCAAAAGCUACCAGUAUAUACGGAUUAUGCGCCGAACGUUGGUAUCCUGGAGAAUUUGCAAUUAGAGGAUGUUGUCGAUGGUGAGACAUUUCCACGAACGAAUAAUGAAAUUAUGAGCAGUGCGGCUCCGUCUAUAGUUGAUGCGCCCCCGCUUACAACAACUAGUGUUCAGGCGAUGACAAAAACUACAUACAGCCACACCAACAAUAAUACCACAGAUAACGCGACAAGAGUAGAGCAAAAAGAGUGCAUCGACUCGCCGCACUCACAUAUGGAAGCCGAGCAAAAUGCAGAGAUACCCAGCACCACGUACAAAUCACCCUGCUGCCUAACGUUUCCUUUGCCGCCUAUGCAAAUGCAAUCGUUCGCACCGACCCUAGCAAUCACAACACCCCUCCCAGCAGCGGCGUCAUCGGCCACCAAUGGUAAACUGUAUAAAAGAAAUAUAAUUGUACAUACAGUGAAACCCGCUUAA